CGGCCGUAUUGAUGCCAUUUACCAUUCUCUCUUCAACAGUGAACACAGUUAUAUUAAACGCAGCACAUUUUAAAGUGAUCGUUGUCAGUUACAGUGAGUCUACAUCGCAUAUUAUUCUCCAACAAAUAUAUAAACAUAAACUUAAAUUUGUUCAUUAAUUCAAAUUUCAAAUAAAAUAAUAUUUCCAUUAAAUUGGAACGUAGAAACAUGUCGAGCUUUACAAGACUCUCAAUUAUUAGAUUGCUUGAAUUGGCAAUCGUAUGCGCUAUUAUCGGUCUACACUGGCAUUCAGAUAAUUUUGGUGAUUUACCAACACGUUUCAUAUCGACUGGUACCGUUGGUGGAUACCUUAUUAUACUUGUUGGUUUAUUCGCCGGUGGAUUAAUGGGAACACCUGUUAACCGACGUGUUGACUUAUUCUUCAGUCUUGUCGGCUGCGUUUUAUUUAUUGCAUCAGGAGCGUUGGUUAUUGACGCAUUCAAUCAAGUUGCAUACAGAAGUCCUGCACGUGACCGUGGACUUGCACGUGGAUCAUUAUGUGUUAUCGAAGGCGCACUAUUUCUCGUCGACGCUUUUUUCACUUUCCGCGGAGAAGCUUAAGCUGAUGAGUUUUCAUUUUUAAUUGUAAAAAAUUCUAAUUAUAAUUUAUGUAUUGGAAUAUCUAACUAUUUUCUUUUUUUAUUAUUCACUAAAUAAUAAUAAUGCUUGCUAUUUUAUUUACUCUGAUAAAAAAAAACGAUUUAAAAUGAUUAGAAAUAAUCCAAAACAAUUCAAAAUGAUUCAAUUUUGAUACUAUAUAGAUAUACAUUCAUUAUUAAGUAAAUCGUUUUGAUUUAUUAGGGUAUAAAAAAUUUAACAUUCCUGAAGAGGAAAUGAAUGAAAUUUAGUACUUUCGUUAAGUUUUGUUCUUGGAUAAAAAUCAAACACUAAAUUUUUUUGUAACUGUAAAAACAAAAUUUAUAUAUUUUAAUAAUCAUUACUGACACUAUAUAUUUAUAUACAUAUUUAAUAAUAAUAUAUUUAUAUAAUCACUAAAGUACAAUGUGUUCUACUCAAAGGUCGUAUUAUUAAAUUAAAAAUGUUUUUAACUAUAUUACAGAAUAUAAAACAAAAACAAAAAACAAAAAAAAAGACGAUUUACCCUGCGGGCCAAGCUCAAAACUUCCCUCUAUUUUUGAGUUCGAUAAAAGUUUUAUCUUAUGUUGCAGUAAGAGAAUUUAAAAAAUAAAAAUUUAUUUAUAAACAAAUAAUUUUGAAAUUUUUGUAAAAGAUAAUUCUUGAUUUAACGAAUGAAUUUAGACAGCAAUCAUAACACAGUUCUGGUAUUAUUUUUUAUAAAAUCAAGCCCCGUAUAUUAUAUUCUUUACUUUUCAAUUUUCUGAGCAGGAAAUUAAAAGAUUGGAAAUUUGAAAUUUCCAAAAUAUACAUUGAUGAAAAAUUAUAUAUGUGUAUUUUCUUACUCCAUACGUGCCAUUAUAAUAAAUAGAAAUAUAUGUAUCAAAUUAUAUUUAAAAAUAUAUAUCACGUUAUAUUCAAUUACAAUAAUAUGUUAAAAUAACAUUAUCAUCAUCGCUUUGUUAAUUAACUUGAAUUAUAUUUAUAUACAAUAUUAUAGAUUUCAUACUUUAUAUCAUUGAUUUGCAAAAAAAUAAAUAAAAUAAAUAUUUAA